AUGAAGCCUGAGAGUAAUGAAAAGUUUCCUGAAAUUGAAGUCACUGUGGAAGUGGAGCCUCCAGGCCCAGCUCUUGCCUCAGCGUGGCCACCUCAGGCCAAGCUCCUGCCUUUUGGCGGCCUCUCCAGGCCCAGCUCUUGCCUCUCGGCAUCCUCUCCAGGCCCAGAACUGUUUCUAGUCGGCCUCUCCAGGCCCACCUCCUGCCACAUGACAACCACAUUUGGCCCAGCUCCUGGCAGCCUUGGUAGACCCCAGGCUUCUCUACGUCAGGCCUUCCAGGCCCACCUUCAGCUUCCUGGCGGCCUGGAGAGACCCAGCUCCUGCCUGACAAGGGCCUCUCCAGGCCCAGCUCUUGCCUCAUGUCGGCCUCCCCAGGCCACGUUUGUGCCUGCCUCGCAGCAGCCUCGACAGGCCCAGCUCCCGCCUGCGAGCCUCUCCGGACCCAGAACUUCCUCAAGUUGGCCUCCCCCAGCCCAGUUGCUUGCUGCCUCCCAGCCUCCUCUCCAGGCCCAGCUCUUUUCUCACGGCUGUACCUGCAGGCUCAAUUCCUACCUCCAAACAGCCUCCUUUGACUCGACUCCUGCCCAGCUCCCGGCAGCCUUCGUAGGCCCGAAACCUCCUCCAGUUCAGCUGUCUAGGCCCACCUCUUACCUCGCAGUAGCCUUUCCAGGCCCAGCUCUUGCCUCCUGGCAGCCUUCCCCGGCUACACUCCUGCCGGCCUCUCUACAGUCUCAAGUCGGCCUCUACAGGCCUAGCCUUUGCCUUUCUUAUGGUGGCCUCUCCAGGCCUAGUUCUUCCUUCUGGCUGCGUCUACAUGCCCAACUCCUGCCUCAAAACAACCUCUUUGGACUCAGCUCCCACCCAGCUCCUGCCAGCCUUUGUAGGCCCAAAACUUUUUCCAGUCAAGCCCUUUAGUCCCACCUUCUGCCUCCCAGUGGCCUGUACAGACCCAGCUCUCACUUAAGAACAGCUUCUGCACAUCCUGCUCUUGCCUACCAGAGGCCUCUCCAGGUCCAACUCAUGCCUCACGGCUAUUUUCCCCAGACCUUGGUCUUGACUUUUGGCUGCCUCUUCAGGCCCAGAACUUCCUCAAAUCAGCCUCUCCAGUCCCAGCUGCUGCCUCCUGGCCUCGUCUUCGGUCCCAGCUCUUCCUCUGGCUGCAUCUGUAGGCCCAGUUCCUGCCUCACAACACGCUCUUUGGCCCCAGCUGUUGCCCAGCUCCUAGAGUCCUUUGUAGGCCUGAAACUUUUUCAAGUUAAGCUGUCUAGGCCCACAGUCUGCCUCGUGGCAGCCUGAACUGGCCCAGCUCCUGCCUGACAAUGGCCUCUCCAGGCCCACCUGUUUCCUUGCAGAGGCCUUUCCAGCCCCAGCUCUUUCAUCAUGGUGGCCUUCCCCAGCCAUGUUUCUUCCUGCCUCCCGGCAGCCUCAACAGGCCUAGCUAAUGCCUCACACUAGCAUCUCUAGGCCCAGCUGCUGUCUCACACUGGCCUCACCAGGCCCAUCUCCUGCCUCACGACUGCCUCCCAUAACCCAGCUCCUGUCUCACUGUGGUCUCUCUUACACCGCUCCUUCCUCACAAUGGCCUCAUCUGGCCCAUCUUCUGCCUCACAGUGGCCACUCAGGGCCCAUCUUCUGCCUCAUGGUGGCCUCUUCUGAUUUUGCUCUUGCCUCACAGUUGCCUCUUCCAGAUCCAGCUUUAAGUCUUUGAUGGUCAACAGCAUCAAGGAGCCUAAAGCUUCCCUGGACUCUCAUUUGUUCACUUCACAGCAGAGUGCUUUAGCAAAAGCCGUCUCUUCUUUUAACCUUGAGAGUGGAUUUCUGACAAAUCAAUAGUAAAUUCUGCCUGUGUGGUUUCACAGUGAUUUCUGUUUUAUUUAGUGUCUCAUGGCUUUUCUUGUCUUCUGGAGGUAAGGAUGGGAAUGAACCUUGGGCCCUUUGUAUUUGCCCCGGACAUGGUAGCUUCUCACUUCAUGUCUUCUAUU